UUUUUGCCCUCAUCAUUAUUAUUUUUUAGCUUUGUCUAUUUAUAAUACAAUGCUAACUGAAUAAAACAUAAUAUGUAUUAUCAAAACAAUAUAUCUGUAUGAUGAUCGGAAUACUUUAUCUAAGAUACGGACGGGUAUUGAAGACGCUGACUACGUGAAACGCCUGACAGAAACUAUGGCUAUACUCACACCGACUAAACGAUCCCCCGCAAAUCGAGCAACAUUUAUUUACAAGGAUUUGUCUACGUGUACUCAUGUAUUCAUACGGAACGAUACAGUUCGAGCACCACUCACUCCGCCGUAUGACGGCCCUUAUGAAGUGCUGAAGCGCUACGACAAGUACUACCAAAUACAGUUACCACUUCGGACUACAGUAGUAUCAAUUGACAGACUCAAGCCUGCAUAUAUAUUAAACGAAGAUGUUGAAGGUAUGGCAAGCACAGCAGUAGCAUCUACACCUACACCUACGAGUGCUACGUCGUCAGUGCCUGCUACAGACUACAACACGGACAAGGCACAUCCCUACACUACAAGAAGUGGACGCGUCGUCAAGAAAAAUGUUCGCUUCGCUUGAGGGGGGACACUAUGGGAGACAUGCAUAGAGUAUAUAUAUAUCAUAUUGUGUACAAGCCGGCGCAUUCUUUUUCAUAAUCAGAGCGCAUUCUAAAUUUCAAUUUCAAAAUUAGAAUUCUGAUUGGUUUUGUUUUUGGUCGAUUUUUGUAUAAAUACGGGUAUUGUGUGCAAAUAAAAUCAUUACGAUCCGAAUAGUCUUUGAGUUCAC